AUGCGUUCUCAUGGGCACAGUAGAGCCUAUAGCAUAAAGUGCAUAAUUGACCUUCAUGCAGCUCCAGGCUCCCAAAAUGGGAUGGAACAUAGUUCUAGUAGAGAUGGUACAACUGGAUGGUCUACAUCUCCAGAUUCCAUCUCCCAGACACUAGUGGUUAUUGAUUUCCUGGCUUCCAGGUAUGCCAAGCAUCCGGCCUUGCUGGGAAUUGAGCUUCUAAACGAACCAUCUUCUGCCACCGUCCCACUGGACAUUUUAGUUUCAUAUUACAAACAAGGCUACCAGAUUGUUCGGAAAUACUCAUCAACAGCUUAUGUGAUUUUCUGCCAAAGAAUAGGCAACACAGAUCCAUUUGAACUUUAUCAAGCUAACUUAGGCUCGAUAAAUACAGGAGUCCCAAGUACAAGCUCUGAAUGGUGCAAAUGGGCCUCUUGUUUUUAUUGGGAAUGGGUGAAUGAAUGGAACGUCAUGAGCGGAUCCCAAUUAGACUACCAGGAUUUUGGGAGAGCCCAGUUAGAGGUAUAUGGUGCUGCCUCUUUUGGAUGGGCUUAUUGGACGAUUAAAAACGACAGAAAGCACUGGGAUUUCGAAUGGAAUAUUCAAAACAAUUAUCUCCAACUGGGUAAGAUUGUAGCUUCACCUACGAUCCACCGGGAGAAAUACAAUAAAUUCCUGAAUCUGAAAAGACUCGCGUUCUGUUUUUGA